AUGCAGCAAAAGCGUGUCGACUCCACAACCGCUCAAAUUCACGAUGCACCAAAGGCCAAGCGGCAAAAGCGCGCACCGGCACCAUUCGCCUUCUAUCCGAAACAAUGGACGACAGUACGCACAUUCGAUAACAAAGUCUCUCUGCUGAGACUGCAGCGUGGAGGCCCUCAGCUUAUCGUCAAGAAGGUCCUCAGGAUCGAGCCCAACUCCGCCAAUGACCCAAAGCCCUUCGAGAUGCGCGCUCUUGCCUUGCUGCCUAGUUGCAACAGGAUCGUCCAUGCCCUCACAUGCGUUGCGUCUGAGGACCCCGACUUCGGCAUUGCGCUCUUUAAGUACUACCCCUUGGGCGAUUUAGCGGUAUGGAAAGAUUGCGAGUUUGACCGCAAGAACUUCAAGCCGGUGCCAGAGAGUUGUAUUUGGAGGUUCUUCUUGCAGAUGGCACAAGCUCUGGCGUUUAUCCAAGGCGAAAUCGGACCAGGAACCGUGGAGCGACACCUCAUACUGCAUCGAGACAUCAAACCGAAGAACGUCUUGGUGGUGGACAUCGGCACCACGUACCCGUCUUUCAAAUUACAUGACUUCGGCUGUGCCACGGUCUGGCGAGAGAGCAAGCAACACCAGCUAUCUCAUUGCGGGACAUAUGAUUGGCAACCUCCAGAGAACCCUCAGAUCAACACCACGGCGGCAGAGGUUUGGGCGCUAGAGCCGCUUGUUUGGAGAGAGCGAGGAGGCAUUCAGGAGAACUGGAAGAGCACUCGUCGGAGCGAGACUAUUACUCCUCGUCGAAUCGAUACUAUGCGGCCAAGGUUCCAAGACGGGUGA